AUGACUAGCAGGAAACAAACUAUCCCAAACCAUUCUCGUAGCUUUGGUCUAGAAGACGAAGUUGAACCAGGGCCAUCGAAAAAUGAGCCUAGAGCGUCAGACCUUUACCUCGACACAAUCAAUCGAGCACUGCUCGACUUUGACUUUGAGAAAGUGUGCUCCGUAUCUAUGUCAAACAUCAAUAUAUACGGCUGCUUAGUCUGUGGGAAGUACUUCCAAGGACGAGGUCGCAAUUCGUAUGCCUAUGCGCACUCCAUUCAUGACGACCACCACGUUUUUAUCAACCUUGAGACAGCAAAAGUGUAUGUCCUUCCAGAUGGUUAUCUUGUCUCUGACCCAUCUCUCGAAGACAUCUCAUUUGUCCUCAAUCCAUCCUUCACGAAAGCCUCCGCAUCCACCCUCUCCUCACCGUCCCAUCUCCUGAAACCUUCCUAUGAUCUCUCGUCAAAACCUUAUCUGUCAGGUUAUAUUGGCUUAAACAACAUCAAGCGCAACGACCACAUGAAUGUUAUUAUACAUUCCCUCCUCCACAUCCCUCCUCUACGGGACUACCUCCUCCUGUCCUCCUUUCGUGGCAAAGAAUCUGAACUUGUCAAGCGAUUUGCCGCUCUCGCCAAGAAAAUAUGGAAUCCCCGACUAUUCAAAAGCCAGGUUAGCCCUCACGAGUUUCUCCAGGAGGUUAAUCGCGCUAGUGCGGGCAAGUUCCGACUCGAGCAACAAGGGGAUCCUGUCGAAUUUCUUGGCUGGUUGCUCAACCGGUUACACAAAGACAUGGGUGGAACUAAGAAAAAAAACUCAAGUAUUAUUUUUUCGACGUUUCAAGGAGAACUCCGCGUGGAGACACAGCAGGUUGUUGUCCGUCCGGACUCUACCGGUUCGGAGAAGCCGCAGUUCGAUAUUGACAGAGACAUCAAGGCUACUGUAUCGCCGUUUCUCUUCCUAGCAGUUGAUCUACCUCCACCGCCUCUUUUUCAAGAUACAAUCGAAAAGAACAUCAUUCCACAAGUUAGCAUCCACUCGGUGCUCGCCAAAUAUGAUGGUGUCACCACGCAGGAGUCUACUGGCCAAUUACGCAGGUACAAGUGCCAACGCCUCCCACAGUAUAUCAUUUUACACUACAAGCGAUUCACAAAGAACGCUUUCGUCGAGGAGAAAAACCCGACGAUUGUCACAUUCCCACUCAGAGGAGUUGAUUUCCGUGAAUAUCUUGAUGCAGCUCCAACGCAUCCGCCGACCGUAUACGAUCUGAUCGCCAAUGUAACCCAUGAAUCAGUUGCGGGAACCACUCGGGACAAGGAGAACACGAUUUGGAAAGUUCAUCUCCGCGCUGCUGGUGGGGGCGGCGAGGGCGAGAAAUGGUUCCAGAUCCAAGACCUCAUCGUCGAAGAAACACGCAAGGAGAUGAUCUUCCUUGGGGAGACUGUACUGCAGAUAUGGGAGCGGCGUGCUGCGAACGCCAACGGCAACAGCGGUAACGCGUCAACGAAAAUGGAUGUUGAUCGACGGUGA